CGUUUCCACUUCUCUAAGUCCGACGACGGCAUUGCGUAACGGCGAAGUUUCCGAAGUCGGACCGCUGGUGCUCGCGCAGCUUGCACAGGGUGCCGCGUAAUCGUCAACAGUUCUCAGCUUUGCUUGAGAAAGUGCGACAAGAGAGUUCGGAAGGUUGUGCGUAUCUCGUUGGCCUCCGUUUUCGGGCGGAUGCGGAUCGACCGAGUAGAAUAGGCCAGCAAGCGACAGACACGCGAAUCCUAUCAACGCGUUUGGUAUCCCGAGGCUUCCGAGAGUUCGCACUCGACAACAAAACCACCAGCUUCGCAAGCGCGACGAUAAACAAUCUUCUCCGCGACCGUUCGUUCCUUAAAACCUGUGCCAAAAGCCAAGUCGCUAGACUACGCCAGUAAACGUUCUAUGAAAUCGUGACGAUUUGUGCACACGCCUGACACGUCGAACGAAACUGUAAGCCUCCAAGAGUGAACCAGGUCUGAAAUCUCUCGGAACACUGCAUCUUCCCGAAGUCGCCGAAACUGUCGACAAUUGUUAUCCGCGACACCGACCAUAUUUCUGUCACCGAACCGGCAACCGUCCCCUAAAAUCGCAGGAAUCUCUGCUCGCACGAAACAAACGGUGCGCCACUAAAAACUCAACGAGGUCUCGCUCGAAAGCGACCAAAGUCGCGCAGUCUGCGGACGAGUGCCAAUCGCAACGGUGGCCAUUUUUCCCGCGCACGAUCCGGGCCGGGCCGUUCCCGAGGCUGGCCCGAUCGGCGAUCGUUCGCCGAGACCUCUGACCAGGUGCCAAAAAAUGUUCUACAUCGGUUGACUGACUCAUCUCGAAACGGUGGCCGUUUCUCGCGGGAAGAUCGGACGGUGCGCGUAACCGCUAGUCAUCUCGGGUAUUUGGGGAUGCUGGGUGGCUCAGGUGGUUGCGUGGCGGCCCGAAAUAGAGGCGGUCGCCCGCGCAAAAUCGCUCGGAGUCGCGCCGCGAAUAGUCCGCGCCCACCGGCUUCACGAGAGCCGCCGUUAAUUUUAGAAAACGUUUUGUUUUCGUGCCAGAGCAGAGCCGCGACAGAAGCGGAGAGAAGAAGCGUAGUUGCGUGAGUCGCGAGCCGCACGUACACGCGCCGCGUGCCUACUCGCUUCUUCCUCGCGGGAUUACGUCGCGCGUUCCCGAGAUCGAUGCACGCGCGACACCCACGCCCCGCCGCAGACAGUUUCGCUCUCGCAGCCGAGGAUUCGGAUGCCCCGACCCGGGGACUAUAGUUUGUUGCUGGUGCCGGCGAAGUUCGCGGCCGACGAGACCUGGCCUCGCGGGUAGCCGGAGAUUCACCCGGCGAGGACACGCAGUGCGGUACCGAGGAGGUUUCCGCCGGCGGACAGGCAGGCGAUCAGCUACAGAGGAUGACGAUGGACGGGAUGGAAGUGGUGGGCUCGCAGCCCCACGCGGCCACCAGCCCGUUUUUGCUCUCCUCGCCACCCCUCGGGCAUCAUCACCAUCAUCAUCAUCAUCCCACGUUCAACCUGCAAACGGUGCAGCUCAGCUUCGACGCUUGUCUGCCUUACAACACGGCGACAUCGUCGAACUCGAUCGUGUGCGGCGUCGGGGGUGGCACCUCGUCGCCGGCACCGACCACUUGCCCGACCUCCACCGGAUGCAACAACAACAACAAUAACAACAACAACAACAACAACAAUAACAACAAAACGGUGCCGACCCUGUCGUUGGCCGGCUGCGUGCCGUUGCACGCGCAACACCAAAACAACGCGGACACCACGGACCACCAUGUCCGGCACCAUCAUCACCAUCAGCAUCAUCAGAGGCUCGACGACCACCAGCAGCACCGGCACAUCGAUGCCUCGUCGCCGUCCAGCGACACCGGCGACGCGAAGCGGCGCCUGCAGGCCGGAAACGAGGAGAAGGACUGCUCGAGGGACUGCCGGGACGAUCUGCAGGAACCUGUCGAGAAGGAUAAGCCAGGUGACCUAAACACGCCGGUUACCACCAGCAGCGAUUUACCGUCCUUCUUCGGCCCCUCCGCGCUCGUCGAGCCACCUCCUAUUUCAGGCAGCCUGGCGGGCGAGGACCUGUCGCUGGAGGAGGCGACCCCGGAGGACGAUGAGACGGCGGCCUCGGCCGGCAGGGACCACCGGCAACACCAUCAUCACCAGGACUCCCAGGACACCGGAACGCCCGGGGCGCCACCUUCGACCAGCCCGCCCCGGCAUCAUCAGACGCAAGAGGACGCGGACCGGUGCAACGUGCUGCAGGGCGGCGUGAUCUUGUACUCGUCGCCGCACUCGACCUCCUCGGUGUCCUCGGCGCCCGCGACCAGCGUCAACAUCUGCAACGUGCCCACCCUGACCUACCGCGGCGUGUUCACCGCGACCUGCACCCAGUCGUCCACCCUGAACACGCUGCAGAGUCAGCAGCAACAGCCGCAGCAGCAACAACAACCCCAGCCGACCAGCCAGGAGCUCUGGGGACCGUUGCCCUCGCCGACGCUCACCUUGACGGGUCAGCCGUUCCUUCACCCCACGCUCCAUUCGUCCCAUUACGGCGGCGAGACCGUCGAACUUCUCCAGGUCGAGUCGAAGCCACCCCCGCCGCCAGGUUACCACGACACGCCGACCACCACCCCGGCCGGCUGGCUGACGGCGCACGAGGACGCCUACGACCCCAACCUGCUGUCCCACCAUCACCCCCAUCACCAUCACCAGGAGACCCAGCUGAAGCAGGAGCCGAUCGGCACCGGCGGCUACGGUCCCGCUGUCCAGCAGCAGCAGCAGCUGCAGCAGCCCCAACCGAGCCAGCAGCAGCAACAGCAACAGCAACAGCAACCGCCGCUGCCGGGCGGCGCCACCAGCGUGCAGCUAGCAGCGAUCAACCCGAGCACAUCCAAGGGCCACGAGAUCCUCACGCAGGUGUGCCAGCAGAGCGCUCUGCCGCUGAGGCUAGUCCCGGUGAAGCCGAGGAAGUACCCGAACCGACCCAGCAAGACCCCGGUUCACGAAAGGCCGUACGCGUGCCCGGUGGACCGAUGCGACCGCAGGUUCUCCCGCAGCGACGAGCUGACGCGUCACAUUCGCAUCCACACCGGCCAGAAACCGUUCCAGUGUCGCAUCUGUAUGCGCUCGUUCUCAAGGAGCGACCAUCUGACCACCCACGUGAGGACCCACACCGGCGAGAAGCCGUUCUGCUGUGAUCAAUGCGGCCGGAAGUUCGCGAGGAGCGACGAGAAGAAGCGGCACGCGAAGGUCCACCUGAAGCAGAGGCUGAAGCGCGAGGCGACGCACGCGUCCGCGAGGAACCAUCCGCAGAGCCACGCUUCGCCGCCCUGCAACCAGUAAGGGGGCGAUCGCGAAUUUAACCCUGUCGUUCUGGGCUGUGCAACAGUGCCAUGGAGCACCUGGGCGGACACGGCUGCCGCCCACGGCUUCGGUAGGAAAAUGUAGAAGGGUGCUGGAAGCACCCGGACAAGCAGAUCGCUGCAGAAGAUGCUUGGCUCUCGUCGACGCGGCAAGGUGUCUGGGAUUCUCGAGUCCGUCGCUCUGACCUGUCCUGUCCUGCUUGCCAUUCUGUCUGUCUGUCUGUCUGUCUGUCUUGUCUGUCUUGGCUGUCUUGUCUUGUCUGUCCGUCACGGAUCGACGCCCAUUCCCCUCGACCUUGCCAAUUAGUGCUCACCCAAGGCGCAGCUUCUCCCCUCGCCGGGCGACGAGCAAACGACGGAGACCUUUAGGCGGAACGCACAGACUGCCGUCAACGACUGAUCCGUCGUCGAUCGUCGUCGGCUCGCAAGCGAUCGACGGCCGCGGCUCGCGCGAGGAUCCGCUUCAUCCAUCGUGUCUCAACAAGAAUCUGUCUGGAAACGAUCGCGGCUUCGACGAUCUGGACCCAACGAGUCGCCGCGCCGAGAUCCUCGGCUGUCGCGUUAUCGUAAGAAAUCGUUCUGGAACAUCGUCGUCUUGUAAAUACCGAGAGCUUUAUUCCGCGAAGGACGCGGCAGCGUCGUCGCGCGAUCCGCUCGAUCGUCUCUCGCGCAUCGUCGCGUAUCCAGGGAACAUGAGAGCUGGGAAUGUGCGGCGCACACCCGGUAUUCGAUCACUCGACGACGGGUAAACGGUUUGAUAACCUGUUCGGUCGAAACGGAGCUGGCUGGAAAAUUCGUUCUCGCACUGUCGACGAUAUUCGGAUGCUUGCUGACGGCGAUUCGACCUCGUUGUGAUAGAAUCAAAAAGAAAUAAUUAACUGCGUUUCCUAACGCUAAACUCGCCGAGUUUCCAAGUCGCUGAAAUUGUAGGAACACUUUCGCAAGUUCGAUGAAUCUCUUAAAAUCGAGGCAUACGUUAUAAUGAAAAUUGCGAGAGAUCUAUCGUUUUAUUUAUUGUUGUAAAAAGAAAACACGUUAGUUAAUUUUUAGGGCUCGGUGGGUUCGGCGUUCGAAUGGUUUCUCCUCUUUGCGGUUAGAACAUUGGAAGGAAGAUUGGGAGAUUGUCUCCCGUACUUGUGAUAUUCAUGGAUGUCGAAAACAUCUGUCUCUGUGUAAAUGUUAGAGACACUUGAUCGCGUCCAUAUUGGCCAUCCCAUUCAUGUGAUUCCGAAACAGGAAAGAGCCCUCCAUCUGGCAUAGAUAAGAGUCGAACGAAAGGAAUUUAGGCAAAUCGUUUCAGCUAGCGUUCGCUCGACGGUUUCUCGGCUGAAUUUGCUGUUCGGCGUGGAACUGGCGCAAUGAUAAAAAAAGCACUGGUACGAGCAUAAUUGAAUUUGAUAAUUGCGCGACACGCGCGUCGGUUCCCGUUCGCUGGAGAUUUCGCGGAAGACAGAACUCGAACGUUAUCAGCAUUUCAAGAUUUAUGCAUUUCAAGAUGGCUCCGGAACUGUUGUCGCAUUACGCGCAACUUACCGAGAUCGUUAAAAAUGGAAAUCAAUUUCAAUUCGAUUCUUGCUGGUCGCAGUCGCGACAGAAAGAGCUCGCACAAAUAAGCGCGUGUAACCGUAAUAAAGCGGUGUAACGCCACCGCUAUCGUAGCAAUCUCGCUUUAAUUUCGUCCGGUCUCAUCCCGCUUUAAGUUCGGUCCCGCGAAAUCCCGAACGAUCGAACGCCGGCGCGCGGAUCAUCCACCGAGUCACGGCCGAAGAAAAACGUCGGAACAAUGGUCCGUUUAAUUCUACCCUCGGAACUCGAGUGAUCGAAUACUCUUCCGGGAUAGGGUAACGCCGAUCCAGAAGGAUCUCGUCUCGCAUUUUUCGCAUCCGGUUCUUCUAUCACCGGGGUCGUCGGCGCAGGAUUCAGCUUUCGAGACCAGCUUCGGUCGCGGGAAUUCCUAGCUCUGUCUCUCUCCCUCUCUCUCUCUCUCUCUCUCUCUCUCUCUCUCUCUCUCUCUCUGCCUUUCUGUCUCUCUUUCUUGGCGGCGUAAGCACUGUGUCGUAGUCGUUUCCUCGACGACGACGACGACGACGACGACGACGGGAUCGGUGUCGAUUCUCCGAGCUCUCCGAGUGUUUUUCGCGGCGAGAGAACCGCGAGAGAGCGACGAGGACGGAGAUCGCGAGGCGACACGAGCCUGAGAAGGAUGGAAAGAUGGGGAGAGAGAAGCAGAGAAAGAGAGACAGAGGGAGAGAGAGAGAGAAGGAGAGAGAGAAUACUCGGUUACGGGCAAGCCGUUGGGGAUCGUUAUUUACGGGGCGGUCGCGUUUUAUGCCCUUGUUUGCGAUCGAGGAACGAUCGAGAUGCAGAUGCGAGAAUCGCGCGUAGAUACGCGCACGAAAUAUUCCGGUGUCACGAGAUACUGGCGACCAGCCACUCGGCCGAACGACGUCGAAUCGAUACCGCCCGCAGCUUCCGGGAAUCAGGGAAGGAAUUCGUCGAAUUAGAUAGAGAGAGAGACGGGGCUGGGUCUCGAUCGCCAUGCAAACGACCGCGUAAAAGAAACAGGAAAGAAACCUCACUCUCGCGCGCGCGAUCAGCCGAGCGAACGAGCGAACGAGCGAACGAGCGAGCGAGCGAGCCAGCAAGCGAGCGAGCGAUCCAGGGAUCUCGAGAUCCCUCAGACGAUUCGCGAUCGAAACCGGGCCCCGGUCACACCGUUCUACACUGGUGCACGGAUAACUGUCGCGUCGUGCGCCGGGAGCUGCCACGGUUCUUCAGGUAUUUCACCUGCGAAUCACCUGGAAACAAAGUCUGAAACACAGAACACGCCGGAGAGUAGAAGUUACACGGCAGCAGUCUGUAAGCCGACGGACCGGAGAAAACGCGCACGCGAACGAAGCGGAUGAUCCAAGUUUUGUUGCACGGAGAAAUUGUUGUUGGACGAAUUUGUUGAUCGUUGUUGAUGUUGAUCUAGUUGUGUUACCGCGAUGAGAAAAUUUUACUUACGUUGAUCGUCUUGUUUAUACUUUAUUUGGAUGUUCCAACCGCGUUAUUGGCAUCAAGAUCGGCUAUCGUAUAUGCGCUUCUUGGGGACGUCUGCGCGUUCUGUCUAGAAAUUAUGGGACCGGACGGACGGCCUCUUGUUUCGGAAAUUAAGGGAUCUUUGCGAGAAAAACGGCUGGAUAGAACGUUGAUUAUGCUAAUGUGAUUAUAUUCGGCGAUAGCGUGCCGAUUCGCCUUGCGUUCUUCUAUACCUGCUUUCGCUGCUUCGCGUAUCGUCUACUCGCGUGAAACGCGCGGUCUACGAUCGAUCGGUAUUCGUUGAGGUGAAACUCUGAAGGUUUCCGGCGAAGCAAGCCGGCAAAUAAAUCGCGAAGAAUGCAACGGUUGUCCAUGAAGGACGGAAGGAAGGAGAGAAGACGAUUUGAGCGACGAUUCGAGCGACAAUUUCCGAUGCACCACGGUAGUUUCGUGUGAACCGAGCGUUCGUCCGUCCUCUCGUCGUGCCGCGAACGAUUCGACAUGCCCGCGCUUUCUUGCCGAUCAGGGAAUCUCUGUGUAUGUAUAUGUAUGUAUAUCCAAAAAUAUUUUCUAUGUAUUUUUAUAAGCGCCCCGAGAGAAUUGAUUCGCAGACGGACGAUCCUCGAACGAUCGUGCGUAAAGAGAAUUUAGUUCGAUAACCGACGAGAGAGAGAGAGAGAGAGAGAGAGAAAGGGCGAAACGCACGGCCUGAUCUCGUCGCGAGAAUCGAUCCACAUGCAUACACAAUCGUACACACGACGCGCACACACAUUCACAAUCUCGCGCGCACACAAAUACAUACACACACACAUUCACGCGUACACAUACUUGUACACAUUUUUGCGUCCUUGAACCUCGUGUCUUUCAAUCAUACAAUCGAACAAUCGCUUCGUAUCGUGCUCUACCUCUUCGAACGCCACGUCCACGUGUCUCGUUCCUAGUUCGAACACCCUCUCGUGCUCCGGACACGCUAAAAUCUCGGAUCCCCCACCACCCCUCCCCCGCAUUGUCUUUCACCCCUUCGGUGAUCCUUACUCUUUUCCCUCGGUGCUGUCGCGAUCCUUCAACGAAAGAGCCCAUCCAACUUUUCUCGGCUGUCGAACACUCGAAGUGAAGACGACGAAGCAGAAGAAGAAGAAGAAGAGAGAGAGAGAGAGAGAGAGAAAGAGAGAGUGUGUGUGCGGGUCCUCUGUUUUUCACCGCGAAGCAGCAAACCCCACGAGUGAAUCUUAAUUAGUGAUCGGCGCGGUGAUCAUCGUUGUUUAACCACGGGAGUUUUCCUCUGUAAAUAUGUAUAUAUAUAUUAUCAGGCGUGUUAUACAUAUGUAUACAUAGGUUACGUGUUCUAAUCAGAACGGGGCAGAGACAGUGAGCGUAGGAGAAGAACCUGUUGAAAAAAAAGAUCUCUCACCAUUCUUCUCCGUUUGAUCUUGUUCGCUACUUUCCCGACAAUGAAACAAACAAACAAACAAACAAACAAACCAACCAACGUACCCCGUUCCGCCAUCAUUUUACGUGUAAUAUAAAGAUAUGAGUUUAGCGACGAUUAA